AUGAAUUAUUGGCAACAGCGCACUAUCUAUCUGACUUACACAAACCCAAUUGCUCGAAUUCCCGGUCCUGAGAUCACCAAAUGGACUAAUUGGUAUACGCAAUAUCAGCUCAUCAAGGGAACUCGGCCGCGAUGGAUUCACAAUUUACAUCAAAUCUACGGUCCCCUCGUUCGCAUUGGUCCCAACGAGAUAGACUUUUCAGAUGUCAACGCCGCACGAGAAAUCCACAAAGUUGGCGCCGGCUACCUCAAAUCAGGAUGGUAUCGCAAACUCGGAUACCAGGGAUCAGAGACGCUUUUCAGCACAACCAAUCCCCGAUUCCACGCUGAACGUCGUCGGCUACUGUCGGGUCCUAUUUCUGAGCAGAAUUUACUCAAGAUGGAGCCAAUUAUCAACCAACGUAUUUAUAUGACUAUUGCUCGCAUUGAGGAGGAGAUUUCCAAUAUGGGGGCUGCUGACAUCUUCAAAUGGUGGACAUUUAUGGCGACAGAUGUCAUUGGUGAAUUGUCCUUUGGUGAAUCUUUCCGUAUGUUGGAGCUAGGAAAGAAAACACAAUACAUUACGGAUCUGCAAAAUGUUUCCCGCUUGAUGGCACUUCGAUCGAUUUUCCCGUUCAUCGAAAUAGUGUCCAAGAUCCUUCCUCUAUCGGUAUUCAAGCAAGCCACUGAAGCUGGUGCCCGUAUCCGCAACUACGCUGAUCAAUCAAUCAAACGAUACAAGCGCAUCAUUGACCAGAAUCAUAUUGAUCCUAAACCCACGCUGUUUACUAAGCUCUAUAAUCCAGGCAGAGACGGCAAAGAGGGUUUGACCGAUCAGGAAAUCGUCCGUGAAGCAGUGGGAUACAUUGCUGCUGGAAGUGACACCACAGCUGUGACCCUCACAUACCUUAUUUUCGGCGUGUGCAUCAACCCAGAAGUUCAAAAGAAACUAGUGGCUGAGGUGGCCAAUCUUCCCGAUAAUUUGCAGCAUAAGGACGUGCAGGAUCUACCGUAUCUGAACGCUGUAUUGAACGAGACCCUGCGCCUGUACCCCGCAACGCCGUCUCCAUUACCUCGUGUGACUCCUCCUCAAGGUGCUGAAUUGUCUGGCCACCAUAUCCCAGGCGGAACCAUUGUUUCGAGUCAAGCUUUUACCUUACACAGAAACGAAUACGCAUUCCCAAAUGCAGAAAAAUUCCAACCUGAACGCUGGUUCAACCCUAGCCGUGAAAUGAAAGAUGCCUUCCUGCCAUUCGGAGGUGGAUCUCGCGUCUGCAUUGGUAUGCAUCUCGCAAAGAUCGAAAUUCGCAUGGGCGCUGCUUUAUUUUUCAAAAAGUUUCCCAAUGCUCAUAUGUCAACACGCAAUGGCAUGACAUUGGAGGAGAUGAACCCUUUGAUGUACUUCAUGGCUACUCCACGAGGGAUGCGGUGCUUGGUCGAGGGCAACUAA